GUCUUGCCUCCCCACACACGCCAGCAGACAGUCACGCGUGAGCCAACCCCAUACACUCGCCAACACCAGAGGAAAGCCAUAGGACUACACAACGAUGAGGAGCCCAGGAGUCACGCCGGUGCUGUUUGGCGCGUGCCUAGCGUCCGUAGGGGUGCGAGAGUGCUCCUGCUUCACGGCGAGCCUCCGCGUGAGCACGGGACGGCCAGCUGCAGCGGCAGCACCAGCAUCUCCCUGCCGGUCUAACAAGAUAAAUAGCACGAAGAACAGCAGUGGUAGGCCGGCUCGAUUCUCACCGGCAAGAACGGCGACGGCGAGGGGCCGGCCGUCCUCUGCCGCAUCCUCCUCGACCGCGGCAGCCGCAGCACUAGGUGACGGUAGCGGCGAUGUCAGCAGCAGCAGCAGCAGUAGCCAGGGGAAACCAUCCUCCUUCAAGAGCAAGGAGUCCACCACGCGACGCCGCCUGCGCCGGCGCCAGAGGCGACCAACACUUGUCGCAGGCGGCAGGGGGAGCCCAACCGCUGCCGAGCAACAGCAGCCGCAGCCGCCACAGGUUGAUGCGGAGGGAUCGAUGACGACCAGCCAGCAGCUCAGCGCGGAGGUCUCGGCGCGCAGGAGCAGGUCGCGGGCGUGGGGGCUGGUCGGCUUCCCGCCGGGAGGCUUCUACGACGGCGACGCCGAGGGGCUGACCUCCUCCUCGUCCUCCUCCUCCCCGCUGGUUGGAGAGGACACCGCCGCCGACACGACGGUGGCGGAUGCGACGGACAGCGCCCUGAGAGGGCGGUACCGCGAGGAGCACAGGGACUGGCAGGAGAAGCUCGAGCGCCUCGUGGACAUGUCGGAGCCGCCGCCGGAGCUGCUGGCGGCGGCGGAGACAAGGUCCAUCGGCGACACCAUCAUGCCACCCCGCCCCCCCGCCCCCAAGUCCUUCGAGGAGGAGGGGCAACAACGACAAGGGGCAGCAGAAGACGGCUUGUGGACGUCGAGGGCGAUGCUGGCAGGGGCGGCCAUGCUGUACGGAACCAACUUCGGCUGCGUGAAGCUGCUCGAGGAGUCGGUGCCCAUGUCCCUGGCGGCGGCGCUAAGGUUCUCGGUUGCGCUGGUGCCGUUCGUGCCGUUCCUCAAGAAGGUCAACCCGGGGGUGUUCCGGGCGGGUGCGGAGGUCGGCCUCCUGAACGCGAUCGGGUACUGGGCGCAGUCCGAGUCGCUCAUGACAACCACGGCCUCCAAGUCGGCCUUCAUUUGCAGCCUCGCGGUCGUCUUCGUGCCCCUUCUGGAUGCCCUGCUGGGCGGGGACAAGAAGAACGCCUCCAAAGCCGCCCAAGAGGAGACCGCCGCCGGCGGCGGAGGCGGCGGAGGCGGCGGGGUGUUUGCGGCGAUGAACGGGCCGUGGUUUCCCGCCCUCCUGGCGGCGGCAGGGGUUGCCUGCCUGGAGCUGAUCGGGGUGGAGGGGGGGCCCAACUCGGGGGACGUCUGGGCGCUGGCGCAGCCGCUGUGGAAGUACCCUGAAGAGAUCUUCGGCCUGGUCGCGGCUCAGCUCCUGACGGUCGCCGUCCUCGCCGUGGGGUGGUGCGCCCAGGCGGGCGAUCUGCCGCUGUCCCUGGCGUCUCUGAGGGAGACGGUGCUCCCUUCGUCAGGGAACCUGGCGGUGCCAUUCUCGCUAAUGUGGACGGGCCUCGUGACGACCUCCCUGACCGUCUUCGGCGAGACCGUGGCUAUGAAGAAGGUCUCCGCGGCGGAGUCCACAAUCAUCCUCUCCACCGAGCCCAUCUGGGGCACCGCCUUCGCAGCCGCCCUCCUCGGGGAGAGCAUCGGCUGGAACACGGGGCUCGGGGCUGUCCUGAUCGUUUCGGCAUGCACGUGGACGAGCGUGGGCCCCGCGAUCCAGAGCAAGAUGCUGUCGCUCGCGGCGGCGGUGGCCGGGGCGGGGGCGGUGGUGGAAGGGGGCGAUGAUUUGGCGGAGACCGUGGGUACCGUCAUCAAGGAGAUCGUCAAGGACCCUUGAGGGGGACGGUGGGUAUCACGCAGAAGUGUGGUUCCACGUGGCGGCACGGGGUUAUCAAGGAGAUUGUCAAGGACCCCAAAGGGAAAGCGUGGGUAUCCAUAUCCUUGCAGAUGGAUAUUUCUCAUGUGGAGGUACGGUCAGCAAGGAGGUCGAUCUUCAUGGACCCUUCAAAUAUGGGUGGGUACCCAUACGACCUUGCUGGGAGGUACUUGUUCUCAUGUGGCGGGGAGGGAAAGCAUGAACGGGAGGGGGGGAAGGGGUACCCUGAUGAUUUGCAGUGCAAGAGGCUGCUGCUGAGGUCUACCGCAGCAUCGGAUUUUUCCCCAUCUGGGCGCAAUGAUUUUGAUCGUCUUUUUUUCUGUUUUCUUUUCUUGGAGUAGAUAUAAAAGAACAAGCUGCCGCCUACGCUAUCAUAGCCUCCGGCGGAAUCGCUUCUAGUUUUUGGGAAGGGUUAUGACAUUUAGCGGCUUGGUGUGAAUGUUUCGUAUCUUGUCUCCACGGCCGACAUAUUUGAUUCUGGGUUUCCCCACCCGAAUGGAGGCGUGUCUGUUUUUGUCAAGGCCUCUGUUCGUAGAAGUUGAUAUCUGACAAUUUUGCCGUGUCUUGAAAUCGCGAUUUUUCUUGCGCGAAGCCUAACCAUGAUUUGCCAUGGCUCCCACAUGGACCGCGUGGAGAGUUUCGUGUGGUUUAUUUUUGCUUGAAAAACAAUGGAACGCGGAAUGGUUUUUGAUGCGGUACCGUUGGUGGAAGGCAAAGUACAUCAGAGCCGUUGUGGGCUUUGUUUGAUUGGUUCAUGGAAACAACUGUGAACAUUCGAGGGAUCGUAUGGAAAGAACUUCACGAGAGUUGAAAAGAAUCAAAGAAGCUUCUUCGCGGAUUGAUUCGUGGAAGGAAGGCUUUGAUGUAGGCUUGGUUGUUCUCCUAGUCAGACGACAGGUAGGAUAAGUUUAGCAAAGAGAGCGUGCGCGUGCGUUGUCUACGUAAAUGCCCUAGACGGUCUCUCGCGACACGUCAUUUUUUUUUUUUUCGGUCGAGAGAUUUCGACGAACGCAAAAUGUCGAGAACAGGCAGACAUGACCACCUUGACCCCUCUCUCUGUCAAGGCUGGAGAAGGGGGGGGUGUACUCAUUGUCGUGCAUGCCGUAGUCGGUAGACGAUUGACCUCGCAUCCCUACGACGCUGGACGUGACGAUUGUUUGUUUGACCCCGGGGGUAGAGUGGCUUGUGGAUGGGAGAACGACAGAAGAGGAUGGCGCAAGAGUCAUGUUGGUCGGGUACGGGCGGGCGACACGAUUGGCACCUCCUCGCCCGAUCGCUUUUGUAACACGUGGUACCGUAAGUUGAUGUUUUGUGCGUCUUCGUUUGGUGGGUUGGUCUGUGGGGUGUUGUUCCGGAAUGACACCGACUUGAAGCACGGAGGAAGAAACUAAGUCGUACGUCGCUGACAGGGUCGAUCGGAGGGGGUGGGGCACAGGGAUUCCCCGUGGGCGCGAGCAGCAAGUAUGCCGAUGAAUUUCAAAUGUUUGGCUGUCGUUAGCUGGGCUUCGAUUGUUUGACAAGACGUUUCUGUGGGAGGGGGGGGGG